AUGGAUCCGAAGCCCAAGAUUCUUGCCUUUCAUGGCUCAGGCAGCAAUUCCAUGAUACACACCGUACAAUUGGCGAGAUUGACAAGAGUGCUUGGUUCUGAAUUUGAGAUUGAGAGUCUGAGCGCCCCCUUCCCCUCCCAAGCUGGUCCAGGCGUCCUCCCGUUCUUCGACGGCUGCGGCCCGUAUAAACGCUGGCUCUCCGCCCCCGACACAGCCAAAGAACUGAAAGAUGGCCCUCACAUUUCCACCAUGCCCUCAGAGGUUGAAGAACUCGUUCGCAGCACUGUAAAGCGCAUCCGCGACUCUGGCGGCGAAGUCGUCGGCCUAAUUGGCUUCUCUCAAGGCACCCGCGUCGUCACCGGCCUCCUCAAAUGCGCGGAAAUCGUUGCGGCACUAAAGAAGAACGGCGAAGACGUUGAAGAAUUGGACUGGUGCGACUGGGGCUUUGGCAUCACCAUUUGCGGCAGCGCCCCACCGCCGUUUAUUGCACAAUCCGUGUCUGCUGCAAUGAACGCUUCCAAACUUUCCGAGGAUGAGAAGAAGGAGCUGCUAGAUAGUAAGAUUGCUAUUCCGUCAUAUCAUAUCUUGGGUAACCAGGAUGAGUUCAAGGGUGUCGGCGAACGGUUGAUUGAGCAGUGCUAUGAGGUUGCCGAGGGAAAGAGUACUGUCAAAGAAGUUGAUAUUGGACAUUUUUAUCCGAUACAACAAGCUGAGAAUGAGCAGCUUGGGAAAUGGGCAAUUGACAUUUUUAAGAAGGGGCAGGCGGCAUAA